CACCCGCCAGCUUCCUGUACGGACUUCCCCAGCCCCACCCCACACUCGGGGCAUUUCUUUCCCUGACAGAGGACUGGGCCCCGGCUCCGGACCUGGCGAUGCAGACAUGCUGGCCCUGCUGCUGCUGCCCCUGCUGUGGGGGGGGUCCCUGCAGGACACAGGGUACCAGCUGCAAGUGAAGAAGUCAGUGACGGUACAAGAGGGCCUGUGCGUCCUCGUGCCCUGCUCCUUCUCCUACCCACCCUGGACUUCGUGGUAUGCCUUUAACCCAGUCUACCUCCACUGGUUCCGGGAUGAGGACAGGAUAUACUAUAAUGAUGUUGUGGCCACAAACAAGCCAAACAGAGCAGUGAAGACAGGCACCAAGGGCCGAUUCCUCCUCCUUGGGGACGUCAGGACCAGAAACUGCUCCCUGAGCAUCAGAGACGCCAAGAUAGAGGACACAGGGACCUACUUCUUCCAAGUGGAGAGUAGCAAUUCUGCAAAACAUACUUACGAAAACGAUAAGCUGUAUCUGCAGGUGACAGCCCUGACAGAGAAACCCGACAUCCACUCUCUGGAGCCUGUGGAGUCCGGCCGCCCCACAAACCUGAGCUGCAGCCUGCCAGGAUCCUGCGAAGGGGGACGGCCUCUCACAUUCUCCUGGACGGGGGCUGCCCUCAAGUCCCUGGACCCCGACACCCUUCACUCCUCGGCAAUCACUCUCACCCCGAGGCCCCAGGACCACGGCACCAACCUCACCUGUCAGGUGAAACUCCAAGGAAGUCAUGUGACCACAGAGAGAACUGUCCAGCUCAAUGUCUCCUAUGCUCCACGGAACCUCACCAUCAGCAUCUUCAGAAAUGGCACAGUCCUGAAGAUCCUGAACGACGGCACGUCAUUGCCUGUCCUGGAGGGCCAGUCCCUGAGCCUCAUCUGUGUGGUUGACAGCAACCCCCCUGCCAGGCUGAGCUGGUCCCGGGAGGGAAAAACCCUGGAUCCCCCCCAGGCCUCGGCGCCCGGGGUCCUGGAGCUGCUCUCCGUAGGGGCUGGAGAUGGAGGGGAAUUCACCUGCGGGGCUCAGCACCCACUGGGCUCCCAGCAUCUUUCGUUGAGCCUCUCUGUGCAGAGAAGCCCCUCUGGCUGCAGAUGUGUGACUGAGGAACAGGAGGGCUCCCGGGCCCUGGUCAUCACCCUGCUCCGGGGGGCCCUCAUGGGGGCUGGCUUCCUCCUCACCUAUGGCCUCACCUGGAUCUACUAUACCAGGCUAGCAAAGCUGCCUCUCUCCAGGGAAGCCCAGUAAUAAGCCCCUGAGUCCCAGGUGGGGCUGAGCUCUCCUGACCCACCUGGAGCCAGAAUUAAAGUGGCUGGAUCUGAUCUGAGACCCGUGUUGGCUAUGCAGGCGCAGAGGUUCCCAGGGGAUCAGGGCUGAGAGCCCGACUGAGCCCUUCCUUCCCAAGACAGAACUGAGGUGUGGACACCAAGCCCAGAGGGACAGACGUGGGCCAUCACUGUCAGCUUCCUUCUGGAAACUCACACCCCACUGACUGCCCCUUGUUUCCUGCCUGCCCCAUGCCCAUCUACUUACUCCCCUUCUCCCUGUUGGUCCUGUCCCAGCCCCAGCUACAUCACCCUCAUCCCUUCCCCUCCCAGCCUUCUCCUCCCUCUCCAACCCCAGGACUGCACAGGGAAUGCACUUAGGGUCUUAUCCUCCAUUACCCAAAACUUACCUUCUUAACACUUGAGUUUCUGGUCUCCUGAACUUCCAUGUCAGGAUAGACACGGAUGCACAGUGCAGUCAUGAACACAGCUUUGCUUUUUAUUUAAAGACUCUACCUCAUUAUGAUUAUUAUAAAAUAUUAUAGCAUUUAAUUAUACGUGAAAAUUUAUUAAACAAUACAACGUAAAAAUUGAUUUCACCA